AUGAGCCGUCGUGUCGUCGCAUUAGACCACCUUCCAGUCGAGUUGCUCUACGACAUUCACGCCUUCGCAUCCUCACCCGCUCUUCCGCUCACCUGCAAAUACCUCUACGAGGUCUUCAAGUCCGCGCCGGCAACUGUGCACGCGGAUUAUCUUAUCUCCUGUUAUGAAAACCUCGCCGCUCAAUCCGCGAGCGUGCGCGCCUUCGGGUUUGUCUCGCGGAUCCUUCGGUAUCCUAUAUGCACGCAGGAGGUUCUCGAGGCGAUCUUUCGAAACCCCAGUUGUCCACUCGCAUCAUCGACUCACAGUACGCAAAGAACCGUGACGGUGCUGCCGCGACGCCUGUUCCGCAAUCUCGCCCCCCGCGACGACCCGGGACAGCGCCCGUGGACCGAUGACGACGAGCCUCUCCCGUUUUUGCGGUACCUGUACGGCCAUGAGCGAAUAUCAGUGAUCGCGACGAAUUCCUACGACGGGUAUGCCCUGACCCGCGCGGUGUACGCGGAGUUCACGCCUCUGGUCCGAUUCUUGCUGGCGAACGAGGCAUCUCCAGAGUGCAAGGACAAUCUCGCGGUGGCGGUAGCGAUCCGACGACGGAGCCUCCCGCUCGUGCGGAUGCUCAUCGAAAGAGACGGCCCUGGCGACGUGGCCGGGGACUCGAAUACGAUUGCACAAACGGUAAAACGUACAGGUGGUGGUGGUAGUGGCCGAGACGUCGUGGUGAUCGGGAAGAAGCGCAGCAGUAGCAGCGACAUCGCGCCGCGAAGCGCCAAGAAACGGAAACUCGGGGACCGGGUCACAGUGAACCAGGAGAUGCUGAAGACUGCGGUUAAGUGCGAUGCGCGCGAUAUUGUGGAGUAUCUUAUGCGGGAGAAGGGAUGCGUGCCGAAUAUGCAGACGGUGCUCCUGAUGGGGCAAUGA